AUGGCUACCAAAAGUUUUCAUCUUAUGGGCGAGGACCCUUCAACGGCGCAGCAGAUCGAACUGCCUGCGUCCCUGGAUGAGCAAGGUCUCCAGCAUUUGAUAGCGUCGCAUUUUGCAAUUGUUGAUCCCAGUGGAAUUGGCUUUGUCACUGACUCUGAGGCUUUGCCAACUGUCGCUGAUGUUCUCGCUGCUGAUAACAUCUCCAUCACCAUCGAUGGAAAGGCUGUCCGUGAGGUCCCUGGCCCCAAGGGUCUGCCCCUUCUCGGCAACUAUUUCGAGGUGUACCCCGACCAUUUGGGUAACCACCAGCGCUUGUUUGAGAAAUAUGGUCCCCUCUUCAAGACGACAAAUAUGGGUAGCACCAUUUACCACACAAACGACCCCAAGCUAGCCACCAUUGUUUUCGCAGAGACCGACUUUUUCUCCAAGCGAAUCAUCGAUGGUCACCCUUUGCAUCCUAUCAAGAACAAGGAAGCCGGUGUUUUCCUUGGUGAUACUGACACCGAGGAGUGGAAGGAGGUUCACAAGUUUUUGCCCCCUGCUCUUGGUCCCAAGGCCGUGCGACACUACGCUCCCACCAUGCAAAAAACUGUCGAGGAUGCCUUCAAGGUUUUUGACGAACUUGAUGAGCGUGACGAGGCCUGGAACGUGUAUCCCUACAUGCUGAAGCUCGGAGCCCAGGCUGUUGGGAAGUUGGUCCUCGGCAUGGAUUUCCAGCACUUCACCUCUCCUGAUGCCCGACCUCAUGCGAUGGUGUUGAGAAUUGCGCAGUCUCUUGAGUUGAACAAGAAGAUCACCUCAAUGGGUAGCUGGUACAAGAACCUUCCUUUCGGUGACCCUCAGCGUCUGCGAGAGGCCCGUGCUCAUAUGGAGGCUAUGAUGACAGAAUCUGUUGCCAACGCUGCCAAGGGCGACGGAGAUCUGGAACUUCAGGAUGCUGCUGUUGAAGCCGAGAACAUGGUUGACUAUGUCCUUCGUGCCAGUGAUAGCAAGGGUAACAAGCUUCCUCGUGAACGUAUCAUGGAGCCUCUUGUCGUUGCUACCGGUGCCGGUUUCACAACAACCAGCUCUCUUCUGUCUUGGCUUUUGUAUGGCCUUGUUGCCUACCCUGGCAUGCAAGAGCGACUUUUGCAGGAGAUGGUUGACAACGGAUUUGACGAGAACACUCAGAUCACCGCUGAGUUGACCAACAAGCUCACAUUCCUUGACAAGUACAUCAAGGAGACCCAACGCCGCCACAACCCCUCCUACCAACCCGCCAGAACUUCAGCUGUCGACAUGAUUCUUCCUGGCGGUUACAAGCUCCCCAAGGACUCUAUCGUCAUUCCCGCCCUCCACCACAUCCACAACAACACCAAGAUCUGGGACAACCCUGCUCUGUUCGACCCCGACCGCUGGGACACCGACCGUGUCAAGAACCGUCCCAAGGAUUCUUACAUCCCCUUCGCAACCGGUCCUCGUAUGUGUAUUGGCUUCAACUUUGCUCUUCAAGAGGUCAAGGUUUUCCUACCCAAGCUCGUGUACCGAUACAAGUUCAGUCUUGCUCAAGAUGGGCCUGUGGAAUAUGAUCCCAUGUUCCAGUUGAUUCGCCCGAAUAAUCUGUACGUUAGAGCUGAGAGGAGAAUAAAGUGGCCAUCAAAGAGCGAUUAG